AUAAAGAUGUACAACUCGUCUACCCUGUCAUCCCUGGAGCUACCAGCAGAGGGCCGCGGCGACUCUGAGAUCCUCGGCCUGAAGCACGUGGGCAUGGGCGAUGGGUACCACCACGGCGGUCAUCAUACAGUGGUCAGAGAGCCUGGCCACAGCACCUCCGCUACCCUGGGCAACCUGGGGGGGCGACUCAGCAUCCCCAACACGGGUGUGAGUCUGUUGGUUCCACCAGGUACUAUUCCACAGGGGAAGUUCUAUGAAAUGUACCUCAUUAUCAACAAAUGGGAGAAAACUACGUUGCCAUCGGAGGGCAGUCAGACAGUGCUGAGCCCGGUGGUGAGCUGUGGUCCAUCAGGCAUGCUGCUGAGUCGACCUGUGGUCCUCACUCUGCCACACUGUGCCCAGCUAGAUACCCCAACACCAGACUGGACCCUCACCCUCAAAACACAGACACACCAAGGGGCAUGGGAGGAGGUGCUGACGGUGGGGGAGGAGAGUCUAUCGUCCCCCUGCUACCUCCAACUAGAGGAGUCUAACUGCCACGUGGUGAUGGAGCAGUUGGGGACCUACGGUCUAGUGGGCCAGUCCUGCCCUCCCCAGCCCGCCUGUAAGAGGCUACAGCUGGCCCUGUUCGCCCCCAGAGCCCCUUGUCUCUCUCUGGACUACAUACUGAGGAUUUACUGCACACAGGACACGCCACACGCCCUGAAGGAGGUGUUGGAAUUGGAGAGGAGUCUAGGAGGGGUGUUGCUGGAGGACCCUAAACCCCUGCUGUUUAAAGACAGCUACCACAACCUGCGUCUGUCCAUCCAUGACAUCCCUCACUCACACUGGAGGAGCAAACUACUGGCCAAGUACCAGGAGAUUCCAUUCUACCACAUCUGGAGUGGUGGUCAGAGACCCCUCCACUGUACCUUCAGCCUAGAGAGAGGCAGCCUGGCCGUGUCUCAGCUCACCUGUAAGAUCUGUGUCAGACAGGUGGAAGGAGAGGGACAGAUCUUCCAGCUGCACACUGACAUACAGGAGAGCCUCCCGCCCUGCUCCCCCCUCCCCUCCGCGGGUACCUGCCUGCCCUCCUCCCAGGUGGGACCCUAUGCCUUCCGUCUGCCCACCUCCAUACGACAGAAGAUCUGUGCCAGUCUGGACGCCCCCAGCGCCCGCGGCUGUGACUGGAGACUGCUGGCUCACAGCCUGGACUUCGACAG